CGAUCACACAGCAUCUUUUUCUUCCGCUUAGUUCCUUCUAAGCGGUCUUUGGGUUAUUCUUAGUGUUAAAAUAUAAAAAGAAAAAAAAGGAAAAGAUGGGAGUGACACCAAAUAUCGCUCCUUCGAUGUUAUCUGCUGAUUUCGCUAAUUUGUCGUCGGAGGCUCACCGCAUUCUCAAUUCCGGCGCCGAUUGGCUCCACAUGGAUGUCAUGGAUGGGCACUUUGUCCCCAAUUUAACCAUUGGUGCUCCAGUCAUUGAAAGUUUGAGAAAGCAUACAACGGCAUAUCUGGACUGUCACAUGAUGGUUACAAAUCCUCUAGAUUAUGUUGAACCUUUGGGGAAAGCCGGUGCUUCUGGUUUUACGUUUCAUGUCGAGACAUCUAAAGAUAACUGGCAAGAACUUAUUCAAAUGAUAAAGUCACAUGGCAUGAGACCUGGUGUAGCAUUGAAUCCAGGGACACCCAUUGGCGAGGUUUAUCCUCUGGUUGAGGCUGAAAAACCAGUGGAAAUGGUUCUUGUGAUGACUGUAGAGCCUGGAUUUGGUGGACAAAAAUUUAUGCCGGAGAUGAUGGAUAAGGUACGCAUACUGAGAAAGAGGUAUCCAUUGCUUGACAUAGAGGUUGAUGGUGGUUUAGGACCUUCAAACAUAGACAUGGCGGCGUCCGCAGGUGCAAACUGCAUUGUUGCAGGAAGUUCAGUUUUUGGAGCCUCUGAGCCAGCUGAAGUAAUAUCCUUGCUAAGGAGUUCUGUUCAGAAAGCCUAGCAAAAAUGUUGACUUUUGGUCAAAGUGUGGACUUUAACAACUUCACAUAGACCUAUCUUCAAUCUGCAUAAUGAGCUCCCUUUUUAAUCAAGCGAAUAAAAAUAUCAAGUGAUUUAAUAAUGUUAAUGUAUGUAUGUAGUGUGUCCUUCAUAAAUUGUGAAAAUAUAUAGUAUAGCACAUGCUAGCUACCGUCACCUAAUUCAUUUGUUGGGGGAUAUCUCUAGCAAUUUGAAAUUGUUUGUAAGACCCGCAUAUUCUUUUGUAAUUAGUUUUCUUAGGUGAAGUUGGUAGUGAUUAAAGAAAAUAAA